UUUGUUGAUCUUGCCCUUUUUUUCGAUACGUUUCAUCAUUUUUGGGUCCUUUUCCGGUUUUCAGAAAAGUUGUAAAUUCUCCGUUUGUUGAUCGUUUCUUCAUGUUUAAGAAAGAAUGGCCGGAAAUAUGUAUGACAAAGGAAGAAAUGAAAGUAAAGAAUAUUGAGAUUAAAGAAGAGAUUCUUCCCUCCUCUACUGUUGAAUUGUAAAUAUUGAAUAAUAGUAAAAAACAGGAAAGUUUUAAAAAAUUUAAUGUCGUUUCAGUAAUAAAUUGUUUCUGAGAAAAUGGCGGGAAUCAUGAAAAGGGAAGAUUAACGGACAUAUUUUACUCACAAUUUCCCUAUCGGGCCAUACAGGUCCCACACUAACAUAACCUGGUGUAGAUAAGAUUUUUAAACAUUGUUUAGGAAUAAAUAUUUGCAUUAGCGCAGUAAACUUUUCUAACCUGUAAUUUGUUUUCUUCUGCUGAAUUCGAUUAAUAAUCUUAACUGAUAUUUUGAUCAUGUUCUCGUUUUAUAAAUUACUAUUCCAGAUAAAAUGGCAGAGACAAUUAUAGAAGGAAUCAACCUUGAGGAGUUUGAGAUGAAAGAAGAGACAGUUUUCAAAGAAGAAAUUCUUCCCUCCUCCAUUGUAGAGGACACGUGUUCGGUUUAUACACAGAGAGAGGAAAUAAAGAAUGAAGAAUGUGAGGUGGUCGAGGAGAUGGGUUCUACUGUAGAGGAUACAUGUACUUUAUAUGUACAGGAUACAUGUACUGUAUAUGUAGAGGAUACAUGUUCUGUAUAUGUACAGGAUACAUGUUCUGUAUAUGUACAGGGAGGUGUCAAGAUGGAAAAUGCUGGAAAUCAAGGUGAAAUAGUUCUCAAUGAAGUGGAUCCUCUGCUGGUUGGAUCAAAUUUAACAAAGGAGAGAAAACUAGAAGGAGUGAGAUAUCCAUGUGAUAAAUGUGAAUUUUCUUCAUCCAGCCGAAGUUAUCUCAGAGAACAUAUCAAGAAUAAACAUGAACUAGUGAGAUAUCCUUGUGAUAAAUGUGAGUAUUCUGCUACACAACGCAGUCAUAUCAGAAAACAUAUUUUGAAUAAGCAUGAAGGAGUGAGAUAUUCUUGUGACAAAUGUGAGUACACUGCUACUUCACCAACAUAUCUUAAAACGCAUAUACAGAGCACACAUGAAGGAGUGAGAUAUCCAUGUGAUAAAUGUGAGUACACUGCUACUACAGCGAGUAAUCUUAAAAAACAUAUCGAGAGAAAACAUGAAGGAGUGAUAUAUCCUUGUGACAAAUGUGAGUACGCUGCAUUUAUAGCAAGUAAUCUCAGAGCACAUAUUAGGAGAAAACAUGAAGGAAUAAGAUAUCCAUGUAAUAAAUGUGAGUUUUCUGCAUCCAGCCGAGAUCAUCUCAGAGAACAUGUUAAGAAUAAGCAUGAAGGAGUAAGAUAUCCUUGUGACAAAUGUGAGCACACUGCUACUACUGCUGGUAAUCUUAAAAUGCAUAUAAAGAGCACACAUGAAGGAGUAAGAUAUCCUUGUGAUAAAUGUAAGUACAGUGCUACUAGAGCAUCUAAUCUCAUAGCACAUAUUAAGAGAAAACAUGAAGGAAUAAGAUAUCCAUGUGAUAAAUGUGAGUUUUCUGCAUCCAGCCGAGGUCAUCUCAGAGAACAUUUAAAGAAUAAGCAUGAAGGAGUGAGAUAUCCUUGUGACAAAUGUGAGCACACUGCUACUUCACCAAGAUAUCUUAAAACGCAUAUACAGAGUAUACAUGAAGGAGUAAGAUAUCCAUGUGAUAAAUGUGAGCACACUGCUUCUACUCCUGGUAAUCUUAAAAAACAUAUCGACAGCAAACAUAAANGAGUGAUAUAUCCUUGUGACAANUACAUGUACUGUAGAGGAUACAUGUACUUGAAGCAUGAUAAUAAGGGGAUAGAUCUUUUCCCUUGA